UAUUUGGCGCUGGCGCGUUUUCUUGACUCCUGGAAUUCGGGUAACUGAAUGAGAACUGUCUGUCUUUCAAGCACUUUUCUCCAGUAAACAGAGACAAAAUGAUGGCCACAUCCAUGGUAACCGAAGAUGAACUGGUUCAGGAGUUCGAAGAUUUUGACAUUGAGCUCACCGAUCCCGACGUAGUCGAUAAAUUGAAGGAGCUGUGUGUGGUGUAUCGAUUGGACUGCUCCAGUAUUGUAUCCGAAUGGGUCGCUUACUCCAUCAGUCGGAACGACCAAAAGAUGACAGUGGAAAGUCUGGAAGAAAUGGAACAAGAUAGAAUUAGCAAGAAAAAGAAGAAAAUUGCCAAAACCCCAACUGUGACCAGUCCAGCACUUUUCUCUUCUGAUCCAAUCGCUGAGGAAUCUGAUGAUCUACUGAGUGCCUAUACCCCCGCUGGAAAGAGUAAACACAAGCGACUUCAUACUACACCAGAGAAUCCUCCUAAUAAGAGACUGCAGGGUGUACAUCGCCAUGGCAAUAUUCCAUUCUCACCUGCCAGUUUCUCUCCACCAGUUGUGGCAACUCCAUCCCAGAAGUACAGCAGUCGAAGCAAUCAGUAUGAGGUGGUAGCAAGUUAUGGUCCAACUAGUCGCACAUCUUGGAAAGGAACAAAUGCUCAGACAUGUUCAGUGCAGUACUUCGAUGAAGACAGUGCUCUCAAAAAGAAUUACAAGUAUAUGUUCCAUAAAUUCACCGACAAAGCCAGUGUUCUGAAUGAUAUGAUAGAAAGUAUGGCACAACAACUCCAAGAAACACAUGGAAUAGAAAGUUUCUCUCAUCUUGCACUUCCUAUCCAGGAAUCAGUCACAGUCGUCGGUCGUGUCUGUUGUGACACCAGCAACGGUCGUCUCAAUGCCCAGUCUGUUCUCCUUGAAGGAUCUGUUGAAACUUCCUCUGGCAAGCAAGUAAUGCUGAGUCUAUCAAACAUCAAGGAGUUCUCGUUAUUUCCUGGACAGAUCAUCACAUUGGAUGGCAUCAAUAGUACAGGUGUCAAGUUGGUGGCUUCAAAAAUCUAUGAGAGUAUUGCCCUGCCUUUGAACCAGUCAGAAGAUACCUCACUAGCAGACUAUGGUCCAUUACAUGUGAUGACAGCUGGUGGGCCAUACACAACGGUCGAUACACUUAGCUAUGAGCCUUUCGAUGACCUGAUACGGGUAAUGGUGCAAGAAACACCUGAUGUUUGUAUUCUUUUUGGUCCAUUUGUUGAUGCCAACCAUGCCAAAAUAAAGGAUUACACUCAAGAUCCUGCGGAUCUCUUCAAGAUACAAAUGAUGAAACUUGUGGAGGCCACAAAAAAGAUUGGAACCCAUUUGGUGAUAGUUCCUUCUCUGCGUGAUGUCCAUCACGACUUCAUAUAUCCUCAGCCUCCCUUCCAAAUACCGGAUAGUCUUCCAGACAAGGAUAGAUUACACUUUGUGUCUGACCCUUGUACACUAUCCAUCAAUGGUGUUGUGUUUGGCCUGACAUCAAGUGACAUUCUGUUUCACCUUGGAAGCGAAGAAAUCUCACAUCCACCAGGUUCAUCAGAUCGUCUAGGACGUCUGACGAAACACAUCCUGACUCAACACAACUAUUACCCUCUCUACCCACCCCCUGAAUGCAUGCCCAUUGACUAUGAACAUUAUGAGCAGUUUGCUCACAUGGAAGUCACUCCUGAUGUGUUCAUUAGUCCGUCAGACCUCAGAUGGUUUAUCAAGGAGGCCUGUGGGUGUCUGACUAUCAACCCUGGUCGUUUGACCCGAGGUCAAGUUGGUGGUACUUAUGCAAAGCUGGUUAUCACACCAUCAGAGAAUACCAAGACUGUUGGAGUAACUGCCCUGUCUGCUGCUCAGAUACUCAGGAUUUAGACAGAGAAAAGGAUUUAUAAGGAGGAAUUGUGAUUGGUAUGAAACCUCCUCACUGUAAAUGUAACCUGCCAUUCAUACCAAAGGGUAAAAACAGAUUAAGGUAAUUUGCUUGAACUUGUAACUGUCCUUUUGGUUAUGAAAAGUAACUGCAAGAACAAUUUUUAGUGGCAAUGUUUUUUAGGUAGUUUAGUAGUUCAACCCUAAAAGAGCCGCAUAAUUUUUGGACCAUCUCACAGCUGGGAAUCAGCUCAACCCUCCAAAGUCUUUUGUCCUAUGUCUGAUUUUUUUAAAACUUGGCACGCAUGUCACGACAUUCAUCUAUAAGAAUGUGAUGUUUCUAUGUAAUCUUACAAAUGCCUUUUUGUUGCAGUUAUUUGGUCUAGUCCACACAAGUGCAUCAAAAUGUCUGCAAUGACUUAUUAAAAUAUGAAGGCUUUGCUCGUGAAAAAACUGCACUGCAGCAAUGUCAAAAAAUGUUAAGGGGGGCCUUCCCUGGGCUCUGUCAGGAUUUGCUUUAAUGUAGCAUGAUUCUGUGAUGUCAUAGUUGUGCCUUGGGGAUUGGUGGUUUCUUUGUGUAAUUUCCUUCAACUGAUGAACUAUCAUAAGACACAUGUACAACAAAGCCUAGCCUAGGCCGUAUGUAGUAAUGAGAGGCAUUGUUUAUCUUGCAUUCCCAUUUAUGGUACAUGAUCAGAGAGCUAUGUUCCUGAAAUUACAGAUUCCUGUGUCCUGACACUUGCUCUUGUUUUCAAACUUUGAUUGUCAACAAUAUUCAAGUCAUGGGAAGGAUCUUGGAUGUGUUGAAACCACCAUGUGUUGUUCCUUACCAGUAGGAAUGAUAAGAUUCAGAGUAUUUAUAACAGUUAUUUAAGGUUUGUGGACACAACAAAGUAAGAACCAGACAUUUUAAGAAAUCUUUCCAAAAUUUUAUGCACUGCAAACUUGGAAAAUAGUACAAACAACAAAUGUGUGCAUAUCGAUUCAUAGAUAUACAUAAAGACACUUGUCAUGGAGAAAGUUCUCUGUUCAAAUGGAAACGGUCCUUACACAAAAUUAUAAGUACAAAAUUAAGUCUGAUAUUUUGAUGGUUUAAUAUAUGUCAUACAAUACAAGUGAAUUACUUCAAGGA